AUAUAAAUAAAAAAUAAAAUACCUCUCGAUUAAAAAAAUAAAAAUAAAACUAGAACCCAGGCCCUUCUCUCCCUUGACACUCGUGUGUCGUGUCCUCAUCCAUCUUUUUUCGAUCAUUAUUAUCUCACCAGUCACCAAUCACCAUAGGCAAGAAUUUUGCAGGAGGUUAACCUCUCGACGAUUCAUAGAAAGAGAAAAUCACAGAGAGAGGAGCUGGUGACUCAAUCCAACGGUGAAAUAUGGGAGACCGGCGGAGGGGAUGCUGUCCUCCGAUGGAUCUGAUGCGCUCGGAGCCUAUGCAACUCGUUCAACUCAUUAUCCCCAUCGAGUCUGCUCAUCUCGCCGUUUCUUAUCUCGGUGACCUCGGCCUUAUCCAAUUCAAAGACUUGAAUGCAGAAAAAAGCCCAUUUCAGCGAACAUAUGCUAUUCAGAUUAAAAGAUGUGGAGAAAUGGCGCGAAAAUUAAGAUUUUUCCUGGACCAGAUGUCAAAAGCAGGGUUACCACCAGCAGCAAGGUUUGAGGCACAAGCAGCUGCCAGUUUUGAUGACCUGGAGGUUAAACUUGGAGACCUCGAGGCAGAAUUAGUUGAAAUAAAUGCUAAUGGGGAAAAGUUGCAGCGCUCCUACAAUGAACUAGCGGAAUACAAGCUUGCUGGUGAAUUUUUUCAAUCUGCCCUUAGCAGCGCUGAGGCUAAUCAAAGGGAAUACUCAUCAAAUCAGAGUGGUGAGGAUUCCUUGGAAACUCCAUUGCUGUCUGAGCAGGGAGCUACAAUUGAUCCUUCCAAGCAAGUCAAGCUGGGAUUUAUUACAGGACUAGUCCCCAGGGACAAGUCAAUGGCAUUUGAGAGAAUUUUGUUCCGAGCUACCAGGGGUAAUGUGUUUAUGAAACAGGAUACGGUGGAUCAGCCAGUCAUUGAUCCUGUAUCUGGAGAAAAGGUUGAGAAGAAUGUAUUUGUAGUCUUCUUUUCUGGAGAAAGAGCAAAAAACAAAAUCCUCAAAAUAUGCGAAGCUUUUGGAGCAAAUCGUUACUCUUUUAGUGAGGACCUGGGCAAGCAAUCUCAAAUGAUCACCGAGGUUUCUGGGAGACUGUCAGAGCUGAAGACUACGAUAGAUGCAGGACUUGUUCACCGCAGUAAUUUACUACAAAGUAUUGGCGAACAAUUUGAGCAGUGGAACUUCUUGGUGAGGAAGGAGAAAGCCAUUUACCAUACCCUGAAUAUGCUCAGCAUUGAUGUCACCAAGAAAUGCCUUGUGGCAGAAGGGUGGAGCCCUGUUUUUGCGACCAAUGAGAUCCAGGAUUCCUUACACCGGGCAACCCUCGACUCCAACUCACAGGUUGAUGCAAUAUUUCAAGUACUGCAUACGCGUGAGAUGCCACCAACUUAUUUUAGAACUAACAAAUUCACUUCAGCUUUCCAAGAGAUAGUUGAUGCUUAUGGAGUGGCUAAGUACCAAGAAGCAAACCCUGGUGUAUUCACCAUUGUCACAUUCCCAUUUCUUUUCGCUGUCAUGUUUGGAGACUGGGGACAUGGCAUAUGCCUUCUGCUUGCUACAUUGUUUUUUAUUGUUAGGGAGAAAAAGCUCUCCAGCCAGAAACUUUGUGACAUCAUGGAAAUGACGUUUGGAGGACGUUAUGUAAUCCUGUUGAUGGCCCUAUUCUCAAUUUACACCGGGUUGAUCUAUAAUGAGUUUUUCUCCGUGCCGUUUGAAUUGUUUGCUCGUUCAGCAUAUGUAUGUCGUGAUCCAGAUUGCAGGGAUGCUACUACUGUGGGCUUGAUCAAGGCACGUGACACGUACCCAUUUGGAGUGGAUCCUGCAUGGCAUGGUACACGCAGUGAGCUUCCAUUCCUUAACUCGCUAAAAAUGAAAAUGUCAAUCCUACUUGGAGUUGCUCAGAUGAACCUGGGAAUAAUAUUGAGUUAUUUUAAUGCCCGGUUCCAGUUUAUUCCACAGAUGAUAUUUCUGAAUGCCCUGUUUGGCUACCUUUCUGUUCUUAUUAUCAUUAAAUGGUGCACUGGAUCAAAAGCUGAUUUGUACCAUGUUAUGAUCUACAUGUUCCUGAGUCCAACUGAUGAGCUUGGUGAAAACCAGCUUUUCCCUGGUCAAAAGAUGGCUCAGCUUGUGUUAUUACUGCUGGCCCUUGUCUCUGUCCCAUGGAUGCUGCUUCCAAAGCCCUUCCUUCUGAAGAUGCAACACAAUAGGCACCAUGGAGAGUCUUAUGAACCCCUUGCAAAUACAGACGAGUCUUUGUUGUCUGAAGCAAAUGACAAUUCCCAUAGUCACGAGGAAUUUGAAUUCAGUGAAGUUUUUGUGCAUCAGCUCAUACACACAAUUGAAUUUGUGCUUGGGGCAGUUUCAAAUACUGCUUCUUAUCUUCGUUUAUGGGCUCUCAGCCUUGCCCACUCCGAGUUAUCCAGUGUAUUCUACGAAAAGGUUCUUCUUCUUGCUUGGGGGUACAACAAUGUAGUUAUCCUUAUCAUUGGCAUCAUCAUCUUCAUUUUUGCGACUGUUGGAGUUUUGCUGGUAAUGGAAACUUUGAGUGCCUUCUUGCACGCAUUAAGGCUUCACUGGGUUGAGUUCCAGAACAAGUUUUACGAAGGAGAUGGGUACAAGUUUUAUCCAUUCACAUUUGCUUUGCUCGAUCAUGAAGAGGAAUGAGCCGAGCUUUUUACACUAUAUAAUAAAAAGAUCGAACGGUUAUAUUUUUCCCAUGCAUAGAGAGGAGGCAGCAAAUGCAUACAUUGUGUUCUACGUCUGGAAUCGAGGUAGUUCUUUUUGCCUUCCCUCACAUCAUAUUGUCACAAUAAGCUUACGUGUGAGUGCUGCAUUUCCUAAAUUUAUGCUACCACGUGUAAUUUAUUUAUUUAUCCCCUAUUAUCUUAGUUAUUAUGCAGCUUAUCAUGCAUAUAUGUAUCUUUGUAUUUGUAAGCAAAAGUAAAAAUAUUGGUAGUGUUGUGUACUAGGUUGAGUAAAUAAACGUUGAAAGGAUAUUCGUUUAUUCAAAAAAAUAAUUAUGUUAGUCUGUGAUCGUUCAGGAAUGUGAUUAUUUUAUAUUUAUUAAAACAGAACCUUAUUGCCCCGUCCAAAAGGGAGAUUGUUUUGUGUUAUUAAAAGCGAUCAUUUUCC